AUGCCGUCUGCAGAACGACCAGCGUCGCCAGUCGAUAAGGACGACAAGGGCGGGAAAAAGUCUGGCUCGUCAUCGUCGAAGACGAAGGACCUUUCCCACGUUCCAUGCAAGUUCUUCAAGGUCGGCUCGUGCACUGCAGGCUCUUCUUGCCCCUUCUCGCACAGCGCUGCGGAGCCAGGCGCCCACAAAGAUGUCUGUGCUUGGUUCGUCAAGGGCAACUGCAAGUUUGGCCACAAGUGUGCGUUAGCGCAUAUCUUGCCGGGUCAGAGCAUGUCGAUGGACCGGAAAAACAAGAAGGCGGCUCAGAUUGCUGCUGGGGCGACCAAAGGCGCUGGUGGAGGGGAGGCCAAGUCAGGGAGAGGAAACAACCGACGAGACACUGGUGGAAGCAAGCUCCUUGCUGUUGGUGGUGGUGGUGGCCGUGGAAGACCCCCAAUGAGUAUGCCAUUGAAAGCAAGCAUCUCGCCGUCGGUUCCAGCUCCCCCUCUCAAGGACACCGACUUUGCGGCGCUUGACGAGACAGCACCCCUUCCAAAUGCCCCAGCCCGGAACAAGUCUCCGUCACCAACACUUCCUGUUUCGGCUCCUCGUCGGCCAAGUGCGAGUACUUCCCCAGGGAAAGACUUCGGCCCCAUUGGCUCUCCACCGACCUCUCCUUCCCGUAACCCCUCCGGAACUCCACCCACAAACGGCAUGUUAUCGACAUCGCCUUUCUCUGCCCCCGGAUCUUCCUCUGUUUUCCUCAACUAUCCUGAUCGUAACAAGGGUAUUGCAGCCAGUCUUGGCGCUGGGCCUGCUGGCUGGGGCAACGCUACAUCAGGUUCUCCACUCCGUAGCUCCCUCCUAUCCGAUGAGCUUGCUAUCCCUCGUCGUAAACGAGAAGAUUCCAAUGAAGAUCUCGAGGACUUCAUUCCUGGCUCCCUCACCGACUUGCUCACUCCAGAAGAGCGCAAUCGGCGAAUGUCGCGAACCAACUCUGGCCAAUCCCCUGGUUUAAGCACCUCUCCUCGUGGCGGAAUUGGCGUCCCGCUUGCUCCUCCCCCUGUCACUGGCCAUCGCUAUUCCCGUUCAGUGCCCGCACCAUCCCUACUUGGUGGAGACCUUAAGUCUAUUUGGUCGAAUGACCAGUCCGCCAACUUGUCAACGUCGUACUCCUCGGCCACUUCUGGCCUCGACCACCCCGUUGGUACUCCCUCGUCAUUCGUGGACUCCAAUAUCCGUGGUCUUUCGCCAAGCAAUGCGAGUGGCGCCUUUUUACCCGGAAUACACCACUAUAUCGCACAGAACAAGCAACAACAACAUGGUGGCGCGCUAUCAUCGAAUGCAGCACUAACAAAUGGACCGCCAGGCCUAGCUGCAUAUCUCCAAAGUGGGCCCACUGGCCCACGAGACCUCAACGCGAACGACAAGGCUUACAUUCGCCCUAAUCCCUUCGACCUUACCCAGCAACCAUCCGCAUUGACCUCUAAUCUCUCUGCGCGGCUUGGUGCAAACAACAAUGUCGCUAACACCACUCUCGGGGCUGAUGCUCUUUCUCCUGCCUCGCGGGCACUACAGGCGCAUGCCCCUGGUCAAAGUCUUCCUCAAGGUCUCGCUGCUGGUUAUUCGCGGAUACACGCAUUACCACCAGUUGGGAGUGUCAGCAGCGGCGUAGGAAGCCCGUUGGGUGUCGGCAGCCCAAACGGCAUUGCGAUGGGGCACAACGGCAAUGGCACCGGACUGCAAAUGCGCGAUUGGGCAUCGAUGUCCGCUGGAAGCGCCAGCUUUGGGGGAAGUCCUGCGCCAAUCAGUCUUCUUGGUGGUCGUGGUGUACCGCCGGGUCUUUCCUCGCCGACAAACGCCGUGCCCUCCAAGCCGAAUGUCAACGCUAGUGCGAGUGGGCUUGAUGCGAUGUUUGCCAAGCUGUCGUAUUCCGCUGCUGCAAAUAAGAGCAGCGUGCCCAGCCAUCCGCCUGGGAUACCCAACCUACCUCCUGUUGCUCCGACGCAUCCCCCCGGUAUCCAGCGCGCUGGCGCUGGCGGAGGAGACGACGACGACCUCUUCGACUUCCACGAGUAA